ACAAAUAUAUCUUUUUUAGACUACUGACCUUCACUUCUCGUCAAUUGAAAAGUGUUGCCUGUUAUAAAUAUACCACCAUGUAACAUUAAUGGAAUUUUUGUUCCCACAUCACAUUGUAAAUAUUUUCAAAAUAUUGAGUGAGUAUUUGUGAAGGCACGCAGGGCAUCCAGCAGGAGAAGCACACCCACUCUGCACCGGCCCUCCUCCAAAUCACCUGAUUACUAAUCACGAGCACCUGUGUUGUACUUGUCCUCCCCCUAUUUAAAGUCCACAGGUAGUCUGUAGUGCUGUGCAUUGGUCACGUUCGGGGCUGUGCCUUUGUGUUUAGCUUUAACACUACAAACACUCCCAUGAGCUGCACUCAUGUCUCGCUCCCUCACGCCAUCAUUUUUCAUGAUAGAGCCAUUUUGUCAGUAUAAAAUUGUCGUCCUUUUACAUUUGUUGUAAAUCCUGCUUCCUCACACAGAGACGUGUGGUUACAUAAGUGCUUAUCUUGUUUGUGAAGCAGUAUUACAACUGCAUGGUUGCGAAAGUUAGGAGAUGGCCCCUCCCCUGGCUCUAAGUGCACCGGUGCACUGUAGUUUGACUCAUUGUCUAAGGAAUUUUUGCAAGUGACCCAGCGAGAUAUCAGUUUUACAGCCAUCCAGGUAAGAUAGAAACCAGAUCUGGUAAUCUAUGACCACUAGUUUGAAGACAGGAAAGGAAGGUGUGCCUCUUGCAUGUUGUAGUCAAUAUAUGUCAGUCGAUCAUCCAUAUUUUUUAAUAAUAGAAACAUUAUUAAUACCCGAUUAUUAUACUAUUGUGUCUUCUUUUACAGUGAUUAAAUAAUAACUAAACAAAAUGGAAAUGAAUGACAUUUGAGUUCUUUGAGAUCUAUAGGAAUUCAAUUAAUUCUAAGCUUUCUAAAAGUUUAAUUGUUUUCCUGGCGUCAGGCGCAUGGACUUUCUGGUAUAACUUGUUCUUUUGCAUGCCACCAGUUGUUGCUUGCAUUAAGGCGCUUUCCAUUACGCCUCAAAGUAUUUGGCCGAGGCAGGACAAGGUGAAGAUCAGGCUUGUUGUUAUCCCGUAUGUACUGAAAAUAAGGUAAGCUUAGAUGAAACGAAAGCAAGCUGGGGCUGAUGUGUGACCUAUCACAGAAUAAAGUGUAUUUUCAAUGGACAAUAGACAUGGACAUUCACAGAGAGUGGUUUAAACUGAACAUUGUAAUAUUAAUUGUAUAUUCAUCAGCGUUUGUAAAGCUUGUGUUUCCUAAGAUAAGUAUUCAGCAAUGGUAAAUCACAGAUUAAAGCAUGAGAGUUUAUUUUGAAAAGACACUGUUCAUAGAUAUAAAACCUGUGCUUGAAAAAGGAGUCUUGUAACCUACCACGUUUACAGGAAUUAUGCUCAGCAAAAAUACAUGAAAAAAUAAAGCACAGGUGAAAAAAUAUUUUUACAUUCAUCCAUUUACAUGUUUUUCUCUUUGAAUCUCUACAAAUAACCUCAGCUUAUUAUUAUUUCAUUUCUGUUUCUGCUUCACUUGUAAAUAAUGCUAAACGUCAUUCUUAGCCAUUUAUGCUACUGGAACCAGUUGGAACAUUGAGUAAAUAGCAAACACCUCCGAGGAAACCAAAGGUUGAGCGCGUUCUGGAAUUGGACGAAAGUAUGCUCUGUUCCGUAAGCCACACCUACUGCACCCGUUGUCUCAGGGAAUGGCAUCCACCAUUGGCCUACUCUCUGAGAAACACUUCCUGUGCUCGCUGUGUGAGGACAUCUUCAGCAGGCCGGUGACUACGCCUUGCGGCCACAGCUUCUGCAAGGUGUGCCUGCGCAAGUACUGGAGCCGCAGCGGCUCGGGCAGGUGUCCUCUCUGCGGGAAGACCUUUGUCUCCAGACACCACCUCAGCGUGAACCGGACCCUGGCAGACGUGACGGAGCACUACAGGAAGACGCGCCCGGACAGCAAAAUCAAGGCGCUCAGUUUAGACGGACUCUUGAAUGAAGCUGUGCAAGUGCAGAGUGAUGCAGAUGUCGAGCGCAUGAUUGAGCAGAGAGUCCAAAAGGUAGACAAACUCAGGCGGUCCCUCAAACUCCUAAAGAGCUCCUGUCUGCGAGAAGUGCAGGAGAGCCAGAGGGUGUUCUCCGCUCUCCUCAGCUCCUUAGAGGAGGCCCAUAAGGACAUGGUAGCAGCUGUGGAGCAGAAGCAGAAGGAGGCAGAGAAACGGGUGGACAGACUUGUGGAUGCACUGGAGAAGGAGAUCAUUGAACUGAAACAAACAAAAGCAGAGAAUCCAGUGGACAGCAAGGAACAUCUUAAAAAGAGUUUCAGUGAUUUGCCUAAAGAGAUGAGGGACUGGUCAAAGGUCAACCUAGAGACAGACCCUUGUGUGGGCUUCACCAGGAAAGCUGUGGUGGGUUUCAUGAACAUUGUCACGGUCGAGGCCAACAAGCUUUCGAAAGCAGAGGUGAGAAGGUUACAGAAAUAUUCAGUUGAGGUGUCGAUGAACCGCCACACUGCUCACCCCCACCUUGCUGUCUCGGAGGACAGGAAGGAGGUUCGGCAUACCGGCAAGCUACAGGAGGUCCCCGAGAACCCCAAGAGGUUUGAUCGUGUUAUCAACAUUGUGGCCAAGGAAGCCUUUAGCUCUGGCAGGCAGUACUGGGAGGUGGAGGUCGGAGACAAAACGGAGUGGGAUCUGGGUGUGGCCAAGCAGUCUGUCAACAGGAAAGGGAGGUUCACGGUCAGCCCCGCCAAUGGCUUCUGGAUGGUCAGCCUGCGGAACGGGAGUCAAUACAUCGCCAACACGCUGCCGCCGACUGGUUUGCCCCUCGUGAUCAAACCCCGAAAGGUGGGCAUUUACCUGGACUACAACGAGGGCCAUGUGUCCUUCUUUUGUGUGGAGUCGGGUGCCCACAUUUACACUUUCACAGACACCUUCUCUGAGAAGCUCCAUCCUAUCUUCUGCCCCGGCCGACCACAUGGAGGCAAGAACACUGCUCCACUUAUCAUCACGACCAGCUGCUGCAGCAUAUAAACCAAUAUGGCAUGUUCAGAAAGCCUUGCUGUUUUCUGCUGUUCCUUUUUACUUGCUUCUGUCCUUAAAAAGCAAAAGUCAGAACUCUUGAGCAUGUUCAAAUGAAAAGCCUUUCUAAUGACAUUAAAAUAUUGUCUGA